AACACUGUUCAGCGCCGAACCGCAGAUAGCUUGAUGCUAGCGCUCAGUUACCGCUGGAUAUUGAGCACACUAGCCGAAUCAAAAGAUUAAAGAAUGAAGAUAGGCAUUACAAAUUGGUAAUAGCUUCAAAACUACACGAGAAAACUUUGUAGGAUUUAUCUUUAAAGGAAGAGAAGCCAUGUUUAGCAGUAAGACUGCCUGGUUUUCGAGCAGUGUGCCGCAAGAUCGCCUUGACUUUUGGAUGGCGGAAGGUGGGAGCAUCGUAGAUUGGAGGCAGGCAGACUACCUCUUCAGUGAAGAUGCAACAUGUCCCGACACGCUGGGGAUAUUUGAGAGCGACAAUUACAUCUCGAAAAAGGUCACUGUUUUUCACAGCUUGUUCCUGUCCACCUGUGAAAAGCGGCAAAGUGUGAAAUCAGUGUCCAUCGGCCAUUAUGUGCUGCCUCCAGCUUCUGUGCAGGAUGAGGUGAGAGAAGUGGUUGGUAGGUUGAUUUGGGAACAUGAGGACGAAGAAACCAUUGUGCAGGAGGAAGAAAAGUCUUUCUGCCUGCCAGACGUCCCUCAUAGCGAGCAAGACGCAAGAGAAAGCAUAUCUGAGGAAUCAGACAUGGACUCAGCAGAGGGCGAAGCUCACCUAUGUGACCAUUUUAGAAGCCCAGUUAGUUUUGUGGCCCCGGGUAAACGGCUUAACAUGCAGACAGACUGCUCUGUCUCUGCAGAGUACAUCAGCAUAGAGACUCUUCAGAAAUAUUCUGGUGAUCUGCAUGAUGUGCAUCCUGGGGUUUUCAGAUGUUCAAAAUGUAAAGACUGCCUUUGUUUGGGGCAAAAAUAUGCCAAGGCACACUAAGAAAGGGGGAAAAAAUAAUAAUUACAGAAACAAUGGCAGUCUUAUUUUGUAUUUCUGGUAUAUAAUAGCAUCUUUAAUUUGUCUGUGUUUAAUUUCAGUUUGUAACAUGAAGGCUGCCACAUAAUUUGUACCUCUGGUUUUUCAAUGAAAGAGUUGAUGCAGAUAUAUUUGUUUUUCUGUAUUUGAAAUAAAAUAUGGAACAUUGUUAUUGCACACCAACAUA